UGGACGACUUUGCGCGCCGCUCAAAAAAUUUGAACGGAAACCACGUGCACCCCCGUAUUUUGUGAGCACGCAGUUUUUCCGCGAGCUUUGAUUAUCCGAAAAUAUGUUGUGAAAUCUAAUUCGUGCCGAAUUUUAAUUUUGGCAUCUUGAAAAAUCUACAUGUGGAUCCUGGAUCGUGGUGAGCACGUUUAAACAGUUUCAUGGAGUUUACAAUUUCGGUUAUCAAUAAAGGAGUUGCUUGUGGUUCAGUGCGCGACUCCGGUUCGGUUAAUUUGGUUCUGAAAUUCGUGACUGUGAUUGAACGUCUCUGCUGCAAGCUACGAAAAGUGAUUUUGGAAUACAUAAAGUUGCUUUAAAGCACGAAACAUGGCAUUCCUUAUUUGAAAACACGGCUCAUGAAUACUGAGCACAUGACAUGGACUAAUCAAGACACCCUGUAACUUAAAAUAGCUACAAUUUUAAGUCUGUGAUUGUGAUGCGUUCAAUGGAUUCUAGAUAGAGAGUUGCUCUAGUAACUUCAAGAUCCAUCAGUAACACAUAAACGCUUUUGAGGGCCUUGUCAAAAAUUAGGAGUAGCACACAUUUACCAAUUGGAUUGAUAGCUGUUCAAUAACUAAAACCUAAAAAUAAGUAAGGAUCAUAGGGAAAAUCAUAAAUAGUACCUAUGGUAGGAGAAGAGGAAAUUUGUAUAACAAAAGUGAUGAAUGGGCUUAUCUUCGAUUUAAUAUUGAGCUUUGAAAACAACUUCAUGGAAGUCGGUGGAUAGACAAUUUCAACAAUAGUACCAUUUGAAGAAGUUCAGAAUCAAUGAUGAAGCCUUCUAGCGAAUUUUGCAACCUGUGAUUCCAGUUACCCUGUAACUUCAGUUAAACUUGCAGAACUUGAACGUCUAAGCUUAAGUGCGCAGGUUUGGUCCAUCCCCAUCCAUCGAGCAGCAUCCAUUAAGGGGCAUUCCCCUUGUCUACCUUCCGUCAUGGAUACCAGUUAUGUGCCCAACAACCCACAGUUCGGACUGCAACUAGAGUGCAACUGGAGUGCUGGAUCUCCGACCUCUGGUAUACAGCAGGUUCCGAGCUGUACGGACGACCUUUCAUCUUGUUGGAGUGAAGAUAUGGGGACAUUUUCACUACCUUUGGAUUUAGAGCCCUUACCUAGUCUUUUCAACAUUUCGCCAUGCAGCAACGGCACCAAUGGAAGUUACAAAACAGAACCAACGCUACAGACGCAUCAACAGCCGCUGUUAUUCAGAGACAACAAACAGCCUACUUCAGACGUGGCAGACGUCUUACUGUCACUAAAACAUGCUGUCGUGCAUCCCUCAGGACAGAGCCCUACAGACUAUCACCAUCAUCAGAUGCUGCUGUCACCUGGAGGCUACGCAGGAGGAUUAUUUGCAGAUCAAGCGUUUCCUCAGCAAACCGCUAUGUUUCCUAGCAUGUCCGUGAAUGUGUCCAUGAACAUGACCAUGCACGGUUACCAUCCAAAUAAUGGCUGCGGGUAUCCCACGGCAGACAUAACAUGUCCACAAGUUCAAUGGAGUGCCACCUCUCAGCCCCUGGCACCAAGUCAUCACCAUCACCACCAUCAUCAGCCCUACAGUGGGACCCAAACAAGUGGUGGAGGUGGUGGGGGUCUGCUUUCUCCAGCUUCCUACGGUGGCGCCACCUACUCAUUCACGGCUGACUUUAGACCGCCACAAGAAAUCAAUGCUUAUAGACCACAAGGAGCGUUUUCACCUAGGAGGAGAACAGGAGGAGUGACCACCGUUGUGGAGGAGGAUGGGCAGAAGGCGAACGUUUGUAGGAUAUGUGGUAAAAGUUAUGCCCGUCCAAGCACCUUGAAGACUCAUCUUCGCACUCACUCCGGCGAAAAACCUUACCGCUGCGCCGACUGUCACAAGUCGUUUUCACAAGCAGCGAAUCUGACAGCGCACGUGCGGACGCACUCUGGGGAAAAACCGUUUCGGUGUCCGGUGUGCGACAGAAGGUUUUCGCAGAGCAGCUCUGUUACCACGCACAUGCGCACUCAUUCUGGAGAAAGGCCCUACCGGUAA